CAGGACCUCACCGUCAAGGUCGGCACGCGCACUCGGUUCCUGGUUGAGAUCGUCAGCUCCACUGAAUGCAAGGUAAUAUGGUACCGCAACGAGCGCCGGCUGAUGGAAGCGGAGAGGGUGUCGCUUGUGCGCGACGGAACGUUUUGGUGUGCCGACAUCGCGGCUGUCAGCGUGGACGACACCGGCCGGUGGACGUGCACCGCAGAGAACGCCGGCGGCCGCGCCAGCUGCUCCGCGCAUCUCAACGUGCUGGUACCCAAAGCCUACAAGAGGCCGGAGUUCGUGGAAGAGCUGCGAGCCUUGCUGACGGAGCAGGGAACCGUGUCUCUGGAGUGCAAGGUGGUGGGCGUCCCCACCCCUGUGCUGCGCUGGUUCAAGGAUAGCCGAGAGAUCAAAGCUGGUGAUGUGUUUGCGCUGACAGCCAACGCGGAGGACCCUACCUCCCUGGGCACAUACACCUGCGAAGCCGUCAACUGCAUGGGCCGCGCCUACUCCUCAUCCAAGGUCCACGUCGUAGGCCGCAGCAGGGAGGGGUCAGCCAGACCUAUAUCCAGUGGCGUGACACCCGAAUCCCCGCCGAUCUUCACCAAAGAACUGGAGGAUAAGUUCGUGCGCAUCUGCGAGCAUCUGACGCUGGCCUGCCACAUCGUAGUGCCGCCGUGGCCGCGGAGCGUCGUCUGGUACAACAAGGAAGGGAAGGUCGAGCCUGGGGAGAGAUACCACGUGGUGGAAGACGGGGUCGGAGGCUAUUUGCUGGAGGUGCCUUCCGCGGAGUGGCCCGACGAGGGCGAGUGGAAAUGCGUGGCCACCAGCUCAGGAGGCCGCGUCGGCAUCUCCUCCUGCUACGUCAGCAUGGAUGUGCCAAAGAACUAUCGCAAGCCUCGCUUCAUGGAGAACCUGCAAGCGGUGCUGACAGAAGAAGGUCUCGUGUCCUUCGAAUGCAAAGUCGUCGGCUUCCCCACCCCAGUACUGAGCUGGUUCAAAGACGGCCAGGAACUCAAGCCUGGCGACGUAUACCAGCUCACCGGCACCAACUCCUUGGGUUCCUACUACUGUAUAGCCAGAAACUGCAUGGGGCAGGCCAGCAGCUCAGCAGAACUGACGGUGGAAGAUAUACAGAACCAGCUCAACGAAGAGGAGAAGGCUCACCUCUUCUCGAAGAACCAAGCGCCAAAGUUCAUACAAGGGUUGAAGAGCGUUGAAGCGAAGAUCGAUGAACCAUUCCGUUUUACAAUUAAAGUCGCUAUUCCGCCUGAGCCAUCAGUACAAUGGUACCGCGAUGAGCAGCCCGUAGACGACUCUGCGCGCUGCCACCUCGGCAAGGAGGACCGUGGAGGGUUCUACCUCGACAUCCAGAGCCUGGAGUUCCUCGACCAGGCCGAGUGGAAGUGCGUCGCCAUGAACGACUAUGGCCACAGCGUCACGUCGUGUUUCCUAAAACUUAUAAUUCCUAGGCAUUACAAGAAACCUAGGUUCCUGGAGAACCUACAAGCAAUACUCUCAGAAGAAGGCGCCGUCAAUCUAGAAUGCAAAGUUAUUGGAGUACCACAACCAGUGCUCAAAUGGUACAAAGAUGGAGAGGAGCUGAAGCCCGGUGAUAUUCACCGAAUAAUAUCGGGACAAGAUGGCACGUGCUGUCUCGGAACAUAUACUUGUGAAGCUCAAAACUGCAUGGGAAUAGCAGCAAGUUCUGCCUCCCUCCUUGGUUUUGAUGAUUCAAUGAAAGCUAAGACUAAGAAGAAAGCAGAAGAACAAGCCUUACAAAGAAACUUGUCUUUAAGCACAAUUCACGAAGAGCGGACAUCGCAAAUGUAUGACACUCCUGUCGGGGAUAUCACUCUUGACGACAAGGGAGAGAUUUCCUUUAGCUUUGAUGGCAAAGAAGUUUCAGUGUCCUUAUACGAAACACCAGAUUUGACAGAAGAGGAGGCAUUGCAGAUAGUUGAAAUGUAUGCAGAUCAACUAUCUGAAAAUGUAACUGAACAUAAUGUUGUUGAACUGCCACCACUUAGGUUUGUUAAAGAAACUUCUACAUCAGGAAACUUGUUAAUGGAAGCUAUCAUCAUUGACGUUUCCCCAGAAUACUUUGCAUCACCUGAAGAAGAUCUAAGAACGGAAGCAGAUGUAGAAGAUAUUUCUAUCGCUGAUGAGAUGGGCCCGCCUCAACUUUCACUUGACCAAGAUGUUGGAGGUGAAGACUAUCUAGAAAAAACAAUGGCAUUAUUAUCAGAUGAAAAGGCAGACAUGCCUAAAAAGGUAGCUAGAAAGAAGUCUGAUUCACAAAGAAGUGUUGACGACUUUUACAGUUUGUCCCUUGACCCAUCUCUCUCAGAAGACAAAAGAGAUGAUGAUACCCAAAAUAUAUCUGAAAGUUUUGCCAGCGCAAAGAGCCUGGGAAAACCUAAGUCGAAAUCAUCCAAACCGUCUCUCGAAGAUGGUCAGGAGUCCUCUGAUGUUACGAAAACCAUCUUAUUUAAAGAUGAAGUUCAAAAACAGGCUGAACAACAGCAGACUGCUAUGGAAACUCCUAUUAUGAAACCAAAACGGGAACGCCGAAGUAGUCGUAGCUCAAGACGAUCAAGUUCUGGGAGUGAAAAAUCCUUCAAUAAGUCAAAAGAAGAACCAAUUAAAACACAAACCUCCUUGGAAUUGGCUGAACCAAUUAAAACAGAGACUGUUGUGGAAAAAACACCCAUCACUGAUGAAGAAUUCAAAACAAAGAUGACUAACAUAAGCACCUCACUUUCGAAGGUUAUAAACGACGUGCAAAUAAUUGAAAGAGAUAUUAUUCUGAAAUCUGAGCUAAUGUCGUCUGCUGCUACGGCAUCCAGAAGUUUGGAAAUCAUAAGUAGUUUAAUAAAACCUUUAUCAGAAAUUCAUAGUAUAGCAGAUGCAGCAAAAGAAUCCGCUCUUGAAUCUAGGGAAGUUAGCAGCACGCUAUUUAGCAAUCUACUUCAACCAAUGAAAGUCCUUCAACAGUCUCUAACUAUAAUAGAAAAAUGUAUAGACGUGGAAAGUGACAACAAGACACUUGUUAAGAAAACCGGCGUUGCAUUUAUUGAAACUUGUGGCGAAGAAGUUAAAAACUUCACAAAUGAAAUUACAUCUAUAAUUGAUAAAGCUUACUUGACUACUGAUCAGAGGUCGUUAUCUGAAAUCAAUUCUUUGAUUAGCGACGUACAUAAUGUGAUAAAAUUCUCGAGUGAUACUAUAAAGGCAAGAAACCUUCUUAACGAAGCAAGUGAAAUCAAAGCUGAGGAAGCCACAAUUGAAACAAAGCAUUUAAGGGAUACGCAAAAAGCGAUCUUUGAACUGAAAAGCCCGCUCAAUUCUUUGUUGAGCAUAGUAGAUACUGCAGAAAGUGGUAAAGUGACUGAUGCUACUAAGGUAACUAGUUGCGAAGUUAUAUUAAAUGACAUGUCAGCUUCAAUCCAGGACCUUCAAGCAGCUUUAGAACAGAUCGAGUCAUUAUCUGUAAAGGAAUCUACAACGUCGCUACACAAGUACAACACGGAAAUAAUUGAAACUGUGAUGGAAUCUGUCUUAAAGCUAAGAAGUUCGUUUGAACAAUUACCGACUGAAACGAAAAAUGAAGAAGAUGAUCAACUGUUAAAGCAAGCGCUGACUUCAAUUAGAAGUAAUCUUAGCGAAAUAUCCUCACAGAUAAAAACAAUUGAAAAGAGCGUAGGUUCAUUUGAUAUCUUACAGAGUGAUAAUAAAUUGGAAGUUCUUCAAAAGAUGGCUCAAAUUUUAAUUCUACUAGAAAAUAGCCUACCACGUUUAGAACCAAUGCCUGAGGUUAAAACUCACAUGGCUAUUUUCCACAAAAAUUUAACUCGAGUCUUAGAAAAUGUAAUUGAAAGUAAUGAAGCACCAAAAUACUUUACGUUGAUGGAAAUAUGUGACGCCGUUAACCGAUUAAAUACAUCUAUACAAAAUAUAGAUUCUGAUAAUGUUCUAUCUUUGGCAAGUCUCAACAAUACGCUACGAAUUAUUCAAGAUACUUUUAUUAAAAACAUUUUCGAUUCAGAAUUGAACUGUUCAGUGCUUACUAAUAUAACAGACGCACUACUAAGCAUACAAGAAGCCCUCAAUCAUGCUGAAGAAAUCAGUUUACGAUUAGAAUCUGAACGUGUUCAGGAUAUUGCAUUGCCAGUUUACGACUACAAUAAAGCUAAUGUAGUAGUUGAACAUAUCGAUCAUACAAUAGCUAUCAUUAAUUCAGUCAAAUCAAUGGAAACUACAAAAGAACUGAAAAAAAGUCUUACACCGAUUUUGGAAAACAUUUGUCCCGUUUUAGAAGAACUCAAACGGAAUAUUGCAUCAGCAAAACCAUCGGACGUACUUGACGAAGAACACAUUUCUGAAAUGUCAGAUGUCUCAUUUGUUAAGACUUUGGCUACCCCUCUUUUGGAACUAAAUAACAAUCUAUUAGUUUUAAAUCAAGUGAUCGUCGACAAUAUAGAAAGUUUGAAAGAAAACGUUGUGGUCAUGUCCGCUAUGGCUGAACCACUUCACGAGCUGCACACUACUCUUCAAAUAUUACAACAAGAUGUUAUCUCUCAGUAUGGUGAAGAUGUAGCUCCUUAUGACGUCAGCGUAAACAUUGCAAGUGCUGUACAAAACUUGCAAAGUUGUAUGGUAAUGAUUCAAGAACAGCCUGGCGUAGAGGGCGUAGAUGAUAUGUCAACGUUGGAGGAUAUAUCUGGAAUUAAAACAACAGCUGACAACAUUCCUUCUGAUCGAUUGGUGCUACCGACAGCAGAUGAAAUAGCUGUGGGGCAUUCUGUUGCAUUUUUGGAACAAGAAAUUGCGCCCUCGGCAACAGCGCAAGCCCUUCAGACAUUAAACGAACACAUAACUACUCUCCAAAAUCCUGAAGUUAUUGAUGCCCUGGAUACUCUAUCAGAAGUCAGCGAUUAUUCUAGCCUCAAGUCUGUAGCUUUAGGUUUAGGUGAACUCCAUACUGGCAUUGAAGAAAUUCUCCAUCCAUUUGUAAUGGAGAAUUCCAGUGACAUAGGCAAUCUUAUCAACGUUUCUAAGCUAGCUGCUAUUGCAGAACCAAUGCAAGAACUUCAGCAAAGUUUGUCAGUUUUAGAUACAAGUAACAUUCCAAUAUACGAACACAUUCUAGAAAUAUCUACAGAGAAAAUACAUUCUGUACUUCAAAGUAUAACAGAUUUUAAGCAAUAUUUAGGUAAAUGUAUUGAAGCUUUAUUCCCAGCUAUGGAAACUGCUGAUAAAACUAUUGAAAUAUCCAAUAAACUAGAGGCAUUAAGACAGGUUUGUGAAAACCUAAAAGGUAUUAUUGAAACCACAAAAGCAAUGUCAACUGAAGUCCCCGUGAAACAGGAAGUUAUAACUUUAGAAAAAACAGUUGAUAAUUUGCUAAAUGCUACAGAUGUAUCGAAAGGUAUUCAAAUUCAGCAAGUCAAAAUCAUAACUGAAGAAUUAUUUGAAAAGGUGAUAUCUGUGCAAGAAGAACUAUUACAAUUUACACCACAUACCCCUGAGAAGUUAGCAGAAGAAGCAAAACUUAUUCAAGCUAUUGAUGAAAUUGAGAAUAAUAUUGCUGUAUUAGAGCAGUAUGAUUUUGUAGAUUUAUCACGAGCUUCUGAACUUACUUCUUGUGCAACAUCAACUCUCGCAGUUGAAUUAGAAUCUGAACCUCUUGUGCAAAUGGAUGACAUUUUACAAAAUGCUGUAAAUGUCUUACAAGAUUCAGCUAAAGAAACACCUCUUGCCGAUUUGAUGAUUCUUGAAGACUUUUUCAAGACAUGCAAAAGUGAAUUUACUAUAAUAAGACUAAUAAUUUCAAAGCCUUUGAGUCAUAAAAAAGUCAUUAGACUUAUUCAAGAAUUUACUUUUCUUCAAAACAUUAUAAAAGAUUUUAAAUUGAAGCGCUCUGACCUUCAACUUUCUGAUGACAUUGAUGGGUAUUUGAAAAUAUUUUUCCUGGAAGCAGAUGGAAAUUUAAAAACCAUACAGGAAUCAUUAUUAAAACUAGUUGCUACUCAGUCUGAUGUUCUUUUCAGUGCUCCAAAAUCAACACUUUAUAGUGCUAGUGACAAUCUAGCUCAACUGGCAACAGUAAAUGACAACUUUAAGGAAGUUGUAUCUAAGUUUAUUAAUAUUAUUGAAAAAGUCAAACCUGUAUUAGAAAACAUUGAAGCUGAUAUAACCGAAGAAUUGAAAUUCCCUACUGUGCGAAUGUCAAAGGCAGAAAAUGCUUUAAUAGGUGAAAAUCUUGAAGACGUUCUUAAGUAUAUUGAAGAUCAGGAAGCCUCAACGUCUAUGGAUACACAAUCUAAAGAGAUAUUAUUGAAAUUGGCUACUUGUCUACAAAAGCAUCAAGAUUAUAAAGAUGCAACUGGGAUUGGUAGAAAUUUGAUUAUCUUGAAGUGUCUUUCUGAAUGUGUGCAGAUCUUACAGGAGAGCCACACCGAAAAAUCAAAGACAGAAAAAGUCAAAGUUAAAUUAGAAGAUAGUGCCCUAAAAGCCGUGUUGACUGAAAUGUUGGAACCACUUCAUGCUUUACACAGUCAACUAGUGAAUAUUCAAGAACAAGUUACAUCGGGCGUUGAAGAGAAAUCAGUGUCUGUUGAUAUCACAACCACGGAAUCAAUGAUAGAAGCUGUGUCCGAAAUCCAUAGAGAAAUCGUUCAGCAAAUUGAAUCGGCUAAAUUAACUGUAGAUAAUGAAGACAUAUCACUAAUCAUGGAGGCUGACAAAGAAAUCCAUGCUAUACAAGAUAGUUUUAAGUCUUUGGAGAAUAUACCUGCCGUACAAGAAUUGAAAGAAUUAUCUAAACCUAUCGAAGAAGUGGAAAAAUCACUGCAUAGCAUUAUUUCUGCGGAUUUAGUUGAAGUGACAAGUGUAGAGAAGUUACCAAAAGAUGUCAAUUCCAAUAUUGAUUCACUGGAAAAUGCUAUCGAUCGUUUCCUAAAUAUUGAAGUUGAAUUAUUGGCAGCAUCUGAAUUAUUCUGUGACAUUGACAUUAAUGAAUGUAUUCAACUGGCUAAUCAAAUAAAAGAUCUUAUGACAACUAAUUUCGAAGAUUCGGAAAAUAUUAUCAAAAUCAAAACAGAAAAAGUUAUAUUGUUACGAAGUAUUUUGUCAAAAUUAGAUUGUCUUAAUACCGAUAAGUAUUUAGAAGGAAAAACGCAGCCGGAGCGUGAAAAAUUAAAACACAUAUUUUUGACGAUUUAUCAAUUGCUGGCAGAGUUAGGUCAAGUUCUGAAAUCAAAUAAGGCUGUAGACUUAUUACAUCACAUCGAUCAAUACAUAGAAUUGAUUGAAAUCGUCGAAGAAAUAAGUGCAGUAAUAAAGAUUGACGAAUUAGAAGAGUCUGUUAAUAUUGCUCGAGAACUGCGUGAUAGUAUUGCUAUAGCUGAAUCAGAGGUAUCAAUACAAGACCAAGAAUUAAGGAUACAAGAAAAACACGCAGAAUUGGCCCAUAAGUUACAAAAUGCUAUUUCUGCGUUACAUGUGCAAGUUUUCGAUAGCACCCAAGAUUUGGCUACGGAGUUGAAUCCUGAAAUAUUAAAACGUUUCGUUAAGAUUACUGCACAACUACAAGAUGAGUUAGCUGCUGUUACUGGCGUCCAGAUAGCCAUAAUUGCACCCAUAGCUCUAAUUUCUGAAGACAUGAAAGUAAAAUCUUUUGACAUUGUUACUGCUGAGAGCACUGCGGUAGCAGAAACCGUUAAACCAAUUGUUUUAGAACAGUCAAGUGAUUUAGAAAGUGAAAAGGUUAGAGCAGAAUUAGCUUCUCAAGGUAUUGUUGAAGCCAAAGAAGUUUUAUUCGUUGACGAUAAAAAACCGAUUCAGGACACAGUCAUGCCUGCUGCUGCAGUUAGUGAAACUAGUGAGUCUGCUACAGUAAAAGAAGUUGACUCACAGCAAGAUGUGGUAACUGAUGAAUCAAAGGCUGGUAAAAUAGGCACACUCAAACAAAGCAUAGAACAGCUAAUAAGCUCAGAAGUAACAGAAACAUUAGACAAAUUAAGCACUGUAAUAAACACAGAAGAACUAAAACAGGCAGUGAAAAUUGCUAAAGAACUACAUGAAAAUAUCGCAUCUAUCGAAAAAAUUACUGAAGAAAAUAUUGGUAGCGCUGAUUUGGUGACAGAAGAAGCAAAACAGGGAGAAUUAGUGCAACAGCUGCAAAGUGCUUUGCAAACAGUUCAAGAAAACAUAUUUGACAACUAUCAACAACUGGAGGCAGUUUGCGACACAAGUAAAUUGCAACAAGUUGCUGACAUUACUGACAAUUUACAAAGCAACCUAGCCGUCGUAAGCACGGUGUCACAAGAAGUCCAAGAAAGUAAAAUGAUUGCAAGCGUAGCAACCGAUGAAUCAAAGAAAACAAUAUCCGAAGAUGCGACCAGUAAGACAGCCAGGCCAGAUGAAUCAAAGGCUGAUAAAUUAGACACUCUCAAGCAAAGUAUAGAACAACUGAUAAGCCCUGAUAUGACUGAAACGUUGGGCAACUUAGCUACCGUAAUAAACACCGAAGAUCUAAAACAGACAGUGAAUAUCGCUAAAGAACUACGUGAGAAUAUCGCAUCCAUUGAAAAAAUUACUGAAGAAAAUUUUGGUAGCGCUGACCUGGUGACAGAAGAAGCAAAACAGGGAGAAUUAGUGCAACAGCUGCAAAGUGCUUUGCAAACAGUCCAAGAAAACAUAUUUGACAACUAUCAAAAACUGGAGGCAGUUUUCGACACAAGUAAAUUGCAACAAAUUGCUGACAUUACUGACAAUUUACAAAACAACCUAGCCGUCGUAAGCACGGUGUCACAAGAAGUCCAAGAAAGUAAAAUGAUUGCAAGCGUAGCAACUGAUGAAUCAAAGAAAACAAUAUCCGAAGAUGCGACCAGUAAGACAGCCAGGCCAGAUGAAUCAAAGGCUGAUAAAUUAGACACUCUCAAGCAAAGCAUAGAACAACUGAUAAGCCCUGAUAUGACCGAAACGUUGGGCAACUUAGCUACCGUAAUAAACACCGAAGAACUAAAACAGACAGUGAAUAUCGCUAAAGAACUACGUGAGAAUAUCGCAUCCAUCGAAAAAAUUACUGACGAAAAUUUUGGUAGCGCUGACCUGGCGACAGAAGAAGCAAAACAGGGAGAAUUAGUGCAACAGCUGCAAAGUGCUUUGCAAACAGUCCAAGAAAACAUAUUUGACAACUAUCAAAAACUGGAGGCAGUUUGCGAUACAAGUAAAUUGCAACAAAUUGCUGACAUUACUGACAAUUUACAAAACAACCUAGCCGUCGUAAGCACGGUGUCACAAGAAGUCCAAGAAAGUAAAAUGAUUGCAAGCGUAGCAACCGAUGAAUCAAAGAAAACAAUAUCCGAAGAUGCGACCAGUAAGACAGCCAGGCCAGAUGAAUCAAAGGCUGAUAAAUUAGACACUCUCAAGCAAAGCAUAGAACAGUUGAUAAGCCCUGAUAUGACUGAAACGUUGGGCAACUUAGCUGCCGUAAUAAACACCGAAGAACUAAAACAGACAGUGAAUAUCGCUAAAGAACUACGUGAAAAUAUUGCUUCCAUCGAAAAGAUUACCGAAGAAAAUAUCGGAAGCGCUGACUUGGUGACAGAAGAAUCAAAACAGGGAGAAUUAGUGCAACAGCUGCAAAGUGCAUUGCAAACAGUUCAAGAAAAGAUACUUGACAACUAUCAACAACUAGAGGCGGUUUGCGACACAAGUAAAUUGCAGCAAGUUGCUGACGUUACUGACAAUUUACAAAGCAACCUAGCCGUCGUAAGCACGGUGUCACAAGAAGUCCAAGAAAGUAAAAUGAUUGCAACCGUAGCAACUGAUGAAUCAAAGAAAAAAAUAUCCGAAGAUGCGACCAGUAAGACAGCCAGGCCAUAUGAAUCAAAGGCUGAUAAAUUAGACACUCUCAAGCAAAGCAUAGAACAACUGAUAAGCCCUGAUAUGACUGAAACGUUGGGCAACUUAGCUGCCGUAAUAAACACCGAAGAACUAAAACAGACAGUGAAUAUCGCUAAAGAACUACGUGAAAAUAUCGCUUCCAUCGAAAAGAUUACCGAAGAAAAUAUCGGAAGCGCUGACUUGGUGACAGAAGAAGCAAAACAGGGAGAAUUAGUGCAACAGCUGCAAAGUGCUUUGCAAACAGUUCAAGAAAAGAUAUUUGACAACUAUCAACAACUAGAGGCGGUUUGCGACACAAGUAAAUUGCAGCAAGUUGCUGACGUUACUGUCAACUUACAAACCAACUUAGCUGUCGUUAGCACGGUGUCACAAGAAGUUCAAGAUAGUAAAGUUACUGUGGCAACAGAUGAAUCAAAGGAAAAAAUAUCCGAAGAUGCGACCACUGAGACAGCCAGACAAGAUGAAUCAAAGGCUAAUAUUAUAGUUGACACUCUCAAGCAAAGUAUAGAACAGCUAAUAAGCACUGAUUUAAGUGAAACGUUGGACAACUUAGCUACUGUAAUAAGCACAGAAGAUCUAAAACAGACAGUGAAUAUUGCCAAAGAACUACGUGAAAAUAUUGCAUCCAUCGAAAAGAUUACCGAAGAAAAUAUCGGAAGCGCUGACUUGGCGACAGAAGAAGCAAAACAGGCAGAGCUGGUGCAGCAGCUGCAAAAUGCUUUGCAAACAGUUCAAGAAAAGAUAUUUGAGAACUAUCAAAAGCUGGAGGCAGUUUGCGACACAAAUAAAUUGCAGCAAGUUGCUGACGUUACUGUCAACUUACAAACCAACUUAGCUGUCGUUAGCACGGUGUCACAAGAAGUUCAAGAAGGUGAAAUUUCUGUUACUGCAGCAAAAUCAAGUUUAUCAGUAACUGAACACCCUGCAAUACAAACAGCAGAAACGGUUACUUCAGAAGAAACAAAACUAUUGAAAACCGAUGAAAGUAGUACAGAACAAGCAAUUACAUCCUCUGUUGAAUCCGAAAAUAUUGCUAAGGGUAAUUCGUCUGAAAUAUUUUUACAAACAGUAGCCGACGAAACUAUUUCAUCAGAAUCAGCAGUUGGAGUAAUUGGCACAGUAAUUGAAAAGGAGCACGUAGCAAUCAGCGAAGAAACGAAACCAAUCGCUUUGGAAAGUGUUACUAUUACAGAUAGUGUGACCGAUGGGGUACAAGCUACAGAAACUACUGAGGCUGAUCAAGAAAAACCGAAACUAGAAACACUAUUACAUAACAUCGAGACUUUUAUAUCCGGUGAUAUAUCACAAAUCGUCAGUGACUUAUCGGAUUGUGUUCACUUAGACGAGUUAAGGCAAUCGCUACGUGCAGCAAACGAAUUAAGAGAAAAUAUUGCAGCAUUACAAGUUAUCGUAGAUAAAGAAGAAAAUGUUAGUUUAGACGAAACACAAAAAGAAAUGCGUUUACAUCAAGCCAAUUUAGUGCAAAAAUUACAAAAUUCUCUGAAUGUAUUACAGACUCAAUUACAAGACAAUGAACUUGAGUUAUUGCCUAUUUUACAAGAACAUAACAUGCAAAAAGUGAAAGAAAUAGUUGCAGAGUUAGGUGGUAGUUUAUGUAUGUUAGUUACUACACAACCUGUGCUGGUUCAACAAGCACCAACUUCUGAAAGGCAGCAGCAGAUUCAAGAUGAAACAGAGUCAGUAGAUUCAGAAUGCACACUAGGAAAAGAGAUGACUUUGGAUGAAGUAACUUCUCCUAUCCAACAAGAAAUAUCAACGAAUGAUACAGUUGAUAUUCUCCAAAAAGAAGUUAAUAAGGUAACCGAGCCUUUAGUGCAGGAAAUCUGUAAGCCCGGAGAAGAUAUAAAAUCAGUUGAAAAACAAUCUUUGUGUGAACUAACUGAAUUAAAAGAUGUUGUCGAGGAGACUGUUGCUGCCAAGGAACUCUUAGUUGAUACUGAAAUGAAUCAAAACCAAAUUGUCCUGCAGGAAACUGUAACAUUAAAAACGCCAACGGAUGUUGAGAAUUCACAAGUCAAUAUAGUGCAGCAAGAAAAUAUGGCAGCUGAAAUUCUUGUGGAAUCUGAAGUUACUGUACCGAAAUCAAAUGAUGAAUUAAAAUCAUCACUCUGUGUUGAAAAACUAGACACUGAGACGGUUACUGAGCAGUUACCAGAGUUAGAUAAAGGUGAAGAUCUCAAAGAGUCUAGAAUUAUAGAACAGAUUAAUGUCAUAGCACAAGCACUAUCUGAACAAGAACCACAAGUUACACUUGAUGAUGUCAUAGUAACAGCUGAAAUAAAGGAACCUAUCACAGUUGAGCAUCCAUUACCUCUUGAAGAAGCAAUACCUAAAGAAAAUGUUGAUGAAGGAGAAAAUGAAAGUAAGUCGAUGUCAAAAGAAUCUCAAAAAUCAGAUGUUAGUGAUGAAAUUAUGGGAGAAGUUACAGUUACAGAGGAAGUUUCUGCAUUAGAAACAGUUCAAACCAACAUGCCAAUGGAACUGCAAGAACAAAAGAUUGAUGUGAGUAUAGUGCAACAAAAUGUUAUGGAAGUUACUCAGCCAAUGAUCUUGGAAGAAACUGGUGAAAGUAUUGCUCAGGAUUUACUAAAAGAAGAUAUGAAUACGAUUGAUACGAUUACACCUAUCACAGGAGAGAUAACACAAGUUACGGAAUCAGUUACCAUUAGUUCAGGAUCUGUGAUAAAACCGAUUGAAGAAUUAAAACAAGCGGACCUCUUAGAACAAACAAUAGAAAAGGCUACAUCAAGUGCUUCCGAGGUUGAAAUUAUUAGUAAUGUAGUAGAUGAAUCUAAAGUACAACUGAGCACCCAAGAGGGUAUUAAUGUUGCUGUUACUAGUGAAGUUAGUAAGGAUGCAGGGCUCAUAAUUUCUGAGCCGACCAAUGAAGAAGUAAAAUCAUUUUCAAUGAGUGAGAUUCAGGAUGUUGCUGUCACAUCUGAGCAAAAUAUAGCGGAUAUGGCGUCACUUGAAUCUAUCGAUGACUUAAUUACCACAACCGUUGAUCAAGCAACUAUGAAUGUAGAGAUUUCACAAGCUGUAAUAGUAAAUGAACCUAUUGCUACACAGCUAACAUCCGAUACUGAAACUUGUGAAGAUCAAGUAAAAUAUAUUAUUGUUCAGUCUCUUCAAGAAGAUCCUACAAAUAAAGCUGAGAUUGUUUUGCAAAGUGUCGAAACAAAGGAAUCUACUCUUGUCGAUAAAUUUGACUUACCUCAAGAGAUUGCCGAAGAAACAUUUGUUACAACGGUGCCUCAAAUAUGUCAAGCGGGCUUGGAAUUAAAAGAACCAUUUGAAACCAGUGAAGUAGUAGCCAUUGAGCUGUGUGAGGCUACUAAUGGUGUUCAACUGCCAAUGACUGAAGCUAAAAUUUCGCUAGAAGAAGCUGACUACAUGGAAAAACCAUUCAUUGAAAAAAUUGCAACGGUAAAGAAUAUUGAACAGGAAAGUCUAACUGUAACAGAAGGAACUAAUUCAGAUGCAAUAGAGUCAAAAAUAAUAGAAACCGAGCUAGUUAAAUCGGAUUUAGAAACUACAAAAUCAGAGCAAGUCGAAACUAUGGAACCUUCACUUUCCCUUGGACCAACUAAGCAAGAUUCUAUAGAAAAGGUACAAAUUGUAAGUGAAGCUGUCAAAGAAGGACAACCCACUGAAACUGAAAGCUCUGUCAUAACUGUUAAAGAAAUUAUCAAACCUAUUGAAGUCACCCAAUCUGUCGCAACCACCCAACCUGCAGAAAUUAUGGAAACCAUACAAGACCAAAAAAUCGCCCAAAGUCAACUUGAUUUAUCAGGCGUCGAUAAACCGAUAGAGACGACAGAAGAAAUGCAAAAUUUGCAAGAAGUUGUCGCAGUUGAAAACACUCUUCAACAGGCUACUGAAUCCACGUUGGAUACAAUUCAAAUGUCCGAGUCAAGUGAACCAACAGAUACAAAAAUGGGCUUUGAAGAAUCUGUAACUGAAAGUAAACAAGAAGCUUUAGAAGUUCAUGAAGCUAAAGUAUUUCAAUCUGAAGUCUUGCAAGAUUCAUCUUUGUCUAAAACUAGCAGUGCUCCAGUAGACAUCGUCAAGAUGCCGCUUGAAAAUCUUGUACAAAAUAUCAAACAGUACACAGUUGCACACACAUCAAAGGUUAUUACUGAGAUUUCAACAAUAGCUCGAAACGACACGUAUACCAAUUCAUUGUCAACUGCAAACUUACUUCUUGAAAGAAUCGAGGAGUUAAAAACGAAAACUUUAAGCCCUGAUAAAAUGUUAAACAUUGUAUGCACAGAACAUGUUAAGUUGAUUUCAUACUUAAAGGAUACAUUACCAAGCUUGAUUCUACAUUUCAAAGAAAACAGAGAACAUCUUAGAGAAUGUUUUGACGAGAAUACACUGGAUUCUAUUGCAGAAGUUUCUCAACGUUUAUUGCAUUGUCUUAUAAACAUAGACACGGCUGGCCAAAUUGAGUUAAUAGUGGCUGAUACAAAUGAUGCCUUAAUUGAUAUUCUAGAUCUUGACAUCUCAAAACAAAAACAAAAUGAAACGAUGAGCGUAGUAGAACCAAAAUUACCUUCUACCACUAGUGCAAAAGAACCUUCACCUCCAAACAAACGAGAUGAAUUGUUAGAUCAAACAAUCGAAAGAAAAGGUGAUGACACUGCCCUUGAGUUCGAUGUUAUAAGUAAAGUUUUAGAUGACGAUGAAGUCAAAGUUACGGGAGAUGCUGUGAGCGAUGCAAUUCGUGAUGGACAAACAACAUUAUCAAAUGAAAACAUACUUCGAGAUAUAUUUGACCAAGUUUUAAAAUACAUUGAAGAUUAUACUUUUUGUGUAAAAGAAGCAAAAGAGUUAUUACAUGGAGAUAUCACUGAAACUAUGAAUAAUGCAACAGAGUUGAGUAAGGAAAUUGUAAAACUUGAUAAGUGCGAAAACCCACAACUAAGCUACACACACAUACACCAAAGUGCUGCCACACUAAACGAUAUGCUUACUCACUUAAUAGCGGACACAGAACAUUGUUUGAAAGAUGUGAAAACCGCAGAAGUUUCAACUGAACUCAUAUCAACUUUGAACACUGCAAGGAAUUUACAAAGUGUGUUGUCUUCUUUGGAUGAAAUUUUAAAAAAUAAAAUGUUGGAAGAUAGACCAAAGACCAAAAGAAUCAUGUUUCAAGAUUCGAUUUCUGAAGAGCGAGAUAGCUCACUUGAAGAUGUUAUUCAAGUUGCUACAGAAGUGAUUGAUGAUAUAGUCACAGAGUCCGUAGAAAUUGUGUCCGAGAUGAUUCACAGAGAUUCUCUUUCCAGCGAUAUAACUUCUUCAUCGGAAAGUAAAAAAGAUAAGAGGAAGAUAAAGUUGAUGGACCCCAAUUUAAGUGAUGUCAAAAUUAAUCCUCCGUUAGAAAUAAUUCUAACUGCCACUGAGUUUUUAAAUGAUUUAAUUAAGCUAGCAGAGCUAAACUGCAUGGAAAUAUUGCAAGCUAGCUCGUCGAUUGAAGACUUUGAAUCUGAAAUAAUAUCAGCACCUAUUAUAGAAACUGAGACUGAAUUACCUUCAGCCAUUGAUACUCAAAGUCAUGAUGAGAUUAUAAACCAAAAUAUAGUUGAUAAAAAUUCAUUGAGUGUUGAAGACAAUCAACAUUCUUUCAAAGACAUAAAAAUAGAAAGUCAAAGUAGGAAACUACAAGAUACAAAUACGGAAAACAUGACGCAAGUAGGCCUACAUCACUAUGAUCAAUUUGGGGCUGAUGCUGAAGAGAUUUCUGAUAAAAAUAAAGAAAUUUCACAUCUAUCAGGCGAUCUCCUUCAGCAUAUUGAAGGAUUUAUUUCCUUAGAUGUAGUGGAAGCUAUAGAAGAAUUAGCACAGGUUGCUGAUGUCACAGUAUUAAAAAGUUCAAUGGAAAUGGCUAAGGAAUUGCUCGAAAGCAUUGCAAGCAUAAGUCAAACAGAUAGUUCAGAAGAAACUAUUUCCAUACCUAAAGAAACUCAAAUGCAACAGGCUCAACUAAAAGAAAAAUUAAAUGAAGCCUUGUUAACUCUACAAACCAAAGUAAUGGAUACCACGCAAGACAUUACCGCAGUCCUACCGGUUGAGAAACUUGAGCGAAUAUCUGAAGCAGUUACACAUUUACAGGAGAGCUUAGUGGCCGCUAGCGUUUCUGAAACUAUCUUAACGCAAGAAACAGAAGUCACCAAAUCCACGAAAGAGGAUUCAAUGAAACAACUUGAGUGCCUGUUGCAAGAGGUGACAGACAAAAUUGAUCUCUCAUCAACCGACAGAGUUCCAGAGGACACUGAAGUGCUCAGAGACAGCUUGGACGAAGUACAAACUGUCAUUAUCAAACUCAAACGAGACUUUGAUGGAGCAAACGACACUCUCAAUGAAACUCUUGAAGAUUUAGAGUGCAGUGUGAGGAGUGUCCAAUUACAAAUAAAUGAAGAUAGUCCUCCAGAGUUACUCAAAGAAGCUUGCGCUACUUUGCAGCUGUUGGUAAAUAACAUGAGUGAAACGAAUGAAACUUCUGUAUCAGAAACUGUGACCAAAGAAAUCAACCUUAAAGACACACUGGAUAAAUGCUCGGAAGAGACUAGUGAGACUGUGAAGUUAUUGGAAAAAGCUUCCAAAGUGGAUACACAAGGCCAAAGAAAAUUGAUCGAUAUUGUAGCGAGCUUAAGUAAUCUAACUCAAACUAUGAAAUCUCUUAAAUCUGGCUUUAUUGGGAAUGCUGAUACUGUAAUAGAAAAGGGUAUUGAUAUUAUGCAGAAUCUUGACCAGAUAGAAGAGAAAGUGUUUUCAAUUGAAAAGGAAUUAGAUUUAGCAGAGGCUUUAUCACCGACAAUUAAAGAUUCUAUUGUCACGGCAGUGCAUUCCGUCUAUGGUAGUAUAUCGAAUAUGCGCAGUACAGUAUCAAGCACACAGAAACAAUUUAUGUUUGAAAACUAUGGCAACCCCUCUGAAAGCCUCCUUCGCUCCAUGAAAAAUGUUAAUUCCUUAUCCAAAAUGUCUGAAGAUGAAGCAGAAUUGGCCAAAUUGAAAAAGUUUUCGAAAUCCUUACGGAGCGUUUUGAAUCACUUUGAAGAUAUUAAGUUUUAUAUUAACCUUGAUAAAACUGCACGACUGCCAAGUGAUGCUGCAUUCACCAAAAUUAUUCUCGACGAUCUUAAAUCAAAUAUUAAAGUUUUAUCCAUGAUUGAGGGUCUUGAUUCUGAAGUUAAAAUAAAAAUGAAUAACACCUUAAAAUGUGUUGAAAGCAAUCUUCAAAACAUCGAAGAGCGUUCUACCCUUGAGGUAAAAGAAAAAAUACCUAUAUUCAAAGAAAUUGCUUCAAGAGUUUUGGAUUUAACCUCAAAUCUUCAAGUUGCUCUACAAAAUAGACCAGUAAAAGUAAAGGAAAUUAUUAUACAGCAAGAGACUGAAGAAAAAGAAGAACAUGUUUUAGAAAUCACCCAAGAUAAAGUGGUCGAAGUACCUGAAAUAGAUGUUGCAAAGAUUGAAGUACAACCUGUAGAAAAAGAAGGAAUAGAAACCUCGUCAGUAGUACCAGUAGAAAAAACUUUAGAAUUAGUAACUGCUAUAACAGCUCAGAGUGGUACUGAACAGAUAGAAGAAGCAUAUAAGGCUGAAUCUAAAGUGCAAACAGUCCAAACGCUUGAAGAAAUUGGAGUUCCAUCAACAAGUAAGCAAAUUCCAGAAAAAACUAUGAGCAUGGAAAAAUCUGAGGUUGAAAAGAUUGAAGAAAAGUCGGAGUUGGCUACGGUAAUCAAAGAACCAACAGCAGAAGUUGCACUAGUACAAAAUGAUACUUCUGUGCCAGUUGAUCAACAGGAAGUUGUAAGUAAAGAAGACAUUUCAAGUAGACACGAACACAUUCCAGAACAAAUUCAACAGUUAGAAGAUAAGAUUUCGGAUACGAAUAAGCAAACAGAAACACAAGAUGGAGUUAAAGAUUCAAAAACGCAAGACUUAGUAACAGAAAUUACAGGUCCUUCAACUCAAUCUGACAUAGUUAAAGAAGAUUUACAAAUGGCAGCAUCAGAAAUUAAAGACAAAAUGGCACAGAGUGAUAAAUCUGAAGAUUCUAAUUCAACUGAUUCUCAAAGAAAGAUUGAACAAGAAGAUUCAAAAGAUGAUCAAAUACAGUUGCCAUCUACUUCUUCAAGACAGCAAAUAUCUAAGGACAAAGACGAAAAAAUAAUUGAAGAUCAAAAAGAAACCCAAAACAAAAUUGAAGAAACAUUAGAAAAAACUACUUUAGCUACAGAUGCCUUGCAAACACAAAGUGAGGAACAAAAAGUCAAGGCAACUGAACCAGAACAGGAUGUACCAAAGAGUCAGGCUCAAGAAAAAGACAAUCAAAAGGUGAUUGAAAAGUCUUCAGAAGAUUUAAUCUCACCAAAAGAUGUAGCAGAGGCUGGAAGCUCUAGAGAUGUUCCACAAAUUAAACAUGAAAUAACAGAACAAAUGGUCAAAGAAGAAAUUACUACCAAAGAUGUGGUACAGCUCAAGGAAGAAAAAGAAGUUUUGUCUGAAGAAAAAACAAAACAAAAAGUACAAGAAGAUUCCUUAGAUUCAAAACAUGACAUUGCAGCCAAAGACGAAAGACAAAAGGAUGAAGUUGGUAAGGAAGAAAAAGAUACCCAGCCUGGCAAAGACAAACUAGAUGCCAAAGGAAAGCGUAAAUCAGAGAAGAAGAAAAAAGAAGCUACUGAAACUAAGGAUCUUGAAGAAAAAUCAGCCAUUGUAAAAGAUAAGGAUAUUCAGAAAGAGGAAGAAGUAACCAAAAAGGCAUUAGAAACCAAAGAGAAUAAAGAAACGAUGAAAAACCAAGAAGUUAUAUCUUCAGACCAAGAACAUUUACAGAAACAAGACAAAGAUGAAAAACAACAAGAUGUCAAAGAAAAGCAAAAGACAGAAGAAUCUUUAAAAGAACAAGAAGAACUGGCUACAAGUGAACAACAAAACAAACAAGAAUCGCAGGAAAAAGACAAAUUUGAUGCAGAAAGAACAAGAUCAGAAAAAGAAAAAGCAGAUAAGGAAAGAAUAGAACAAGAAAAGGCGGAAGCAGAAAAGAAACGUCUAGAGGAAGAAAACGAGUUAAAACAAAUCAAAGAAAAGGAAGAGAAAGAUAGAUUAGAACGAGAGAAGGAAGAAUCAGAAAAGAAACGUUUAGAAGAAGAAAAAGAAAAGGUAGAAAGAAUAGAGCGAGAAAAGAAGGAAGCAGAAAAGAAACGUGUAGAGGAAGAAAAGCAAAAGAAAGAAAAGACUAAACUUAAGAAAGAAAAAGAACAGAAGGAAAAAUUAGAAAAAGAGAAAGAAGAAGCUAACAAGAAACUUCUAGAGGAAGAAAAACUAAAAAAAGAAAACGAAGAAAAGAUUCACAAGGAAAAAGAAGAUAAGGAAAGGUUGGAACGCGAGAAGGAAGUAGCUGAAAAGAAACGUCUAGAAGAAGAAAAAGAGAAGGAAAUUAAGCUUCAGAAAGAAAAGGAAGACAAGAAACGAUUAGAACAAGACAAAGAAGAAGCCAAGAAACUUCUAGAGGAAGAAACUCAAAAGAAAGAAAGGGAAGAGAAGCUUCAAAGGGAAAAGGAAGAGGAGGAAAGAUUAGAGCGAGAGAAGGAGGAAGCAGAAAAAAAACGUCUAGAGCAAGAAAAAGAAGUGAAGCUUCAGCAGGAAAAGGAAAAAGAACUUCAAAAGGAAAAAGAGAAGGAAGAAGCAGAAAAGAAACGUUUAGAAGCAGAAAAAGAAAAAGAAGCGCAGCUUCUGAAGGAAAAAGAAGAGAAAGAAAGGAUAGAACGAGAGAAGGAAAAAGCAGAAAAGAAACGUCUAGAUGAAGAAAAAGAAAAAGAAGCGCAGCUUCUGAAGGAAAAAGAAGAGAAAGAAAGGAUAGAACGAGAAAAGGAGGAAGCUGAAAAGAAACGUGUAGAAGAAGAAAAAGAAGAGAAGCUUCAGAAGGAAAAAGAAGAGAAAGAAAGGAUAGAACGAGAGAAGGAGGAAGCUGAAAAGAAACGUGUAGAAGAAGAAAAAGAAGAGAAGCUUCAGAAGGAAAAAGAAGAAACCGAAAGGUUAGAACGAGAGAAAGAAGAAGCAGAAAAGAAACGUAUAGAGGAAGAAAAGCAGAAAAAAGAAAAGAAAACGAAACUCAAGAAAGAAAAAGAAGAAAAGGAAAGGUUAGAACGAGAGAAGGAGGAAGCUGAAAAGAAACGUUUAGAGGAAGAAAAACAAAAGAAAGAAAAGGAAGAGAAGGAAGCUGAAAAGAAACGCGUAGAAGAAGAAAAAGAAAAAGAAGCGCAGCUUCUGAAGGAAAAAGAAGAGAAAGAAAGGAUAGAACGAGAAAAGGAGGAAGCUGAAAAGAAACAAGUAGAGGAAGAAAAGCAGAAAAAAGAAAAGAAAACGAAACUCAAGAAAGAAAAAGAAGAAAAGGAAAGGUUAGAACGCGAAAAGGAAGAAGCUGAAAAGAAACGUGUAGAAGAAGACAAGUUAGUGGCUGAAAAGAAACGUCUAGAGGAAGAAAAAGAACUAAAGCUUCAGAAGGAGAAGGAAGAGAAAGAAAAAUUAGACCGAGAAAAGAAGGAAGUAGAGGAAAAACGUUUAGAGGAAGAAAAACAAAAGAAAGAAAAGGAAGAGAAAGAAGCUGAAAAGAAACUUGUAGAAGAAGAAAAAGAAAAGGAAGCGAAGCUUCAGCAGGAAACAGAAGAAAAGGAAAGGUUAGACCGAGAUAAGGAGGAAGCAGAAAAGAAACGUAUAGAGGAAGAAAAGCAGAAAAAAGAAAAGAAAACGAAACUCAAGAAAGAAAAAGAAGAAAAGGAAAGGUUAGAACGUGAAAAGGAAGAAGCUGAAAAGAAACGUGUAGAAGAAGAGAAGUUAGUGGCUGAAAAGAAACGUCUAGAGGAAGAAAAAGAACUGAAGCUUCAGAAGGAAAAAGAAGAGAAAGAAAGGUUACAUCGAGACAAGGAGGAAGCAGAAAAGAAACGUGUAGAAGAAGAAAAACAAAAGAAAGAAAUGGAAGAGAAGGAAGCUGAAAAGAAACGCGUAGAAGAAGAAAAAGAAAAGGAAGCGAAGCUUCAGAAAGAAAAAGAGGAAAAGGAAAGGUUACGACGAGAGAAGGAGGAAGCAGAAAAGAAACGUCUCGAAGAAGAAAAACAAAAGAAAGAAAAGAAAACGAAGCUUAGGAAAGAAAAAGAAGAAAAGGAAAGGUUAGAACGAGAGAAAGAAGAAGCCGAAAAGAAACGUGUAGAAGAAGAAAAAGAAAAGGAAGUGAAGCUUCAGAAAGAAAAAGAGGAAAAGGAAAGGUUAGAACGAGAGAAGGAGGAAGCUGAAAAGAAACGUGUAGAAGAAGAAAAACAAAAGAAAGAAAUGAAAGAGAAGGAAGCUGAAAAGAAACGCGUAGAAGAAGAAAAAGAAAAGGAAGCGAAGCUUCAGAAAGAAAAAGAGGAGAAGGAAAGGUUUCAACGAGAGAAGGAGGAAUUUGAAAAUAAACAUCUCGAAGAAGAAAAACAAAAGAAAGAAAAGAAAACGAAGCUUAUAAAAGAAAAAGAAGAAAAGGAAAGGUUAGAACGGGAGAAAGAAGAUGCCGAAAAGAAACGUGUAGAAGAAGAAAAAGAAAAGGAAGCGAAGCUUCAGAAAGAAAAAGAGGAAAAGGAAAGGUUACAACGACAGAAGGCGGAAGCUGAAAAGAAACAUCUCGAGGAAGAAAAACAAAAGAAACAAAUGGAACUGGAGGAGAAACGUUUAAAGGAUGAAAAAGAAAAACAAGAUGCUGAAACAAAACGGGUCGCAAAAGAAAAAGAGGAAGCAUCUCGACUACAAAAAGAGAAAGAACGGGCUGAAAAGCAACAGAAAGAAGAAUCUCUGCGGAAGGAGGAGGAACUGAAAAAGAAAACUGAGAAGGAAGAAGCCGACAAACUUCAGAUGGAAGAAGCGAGAAAACGCGCAGAAGAAGAGAAGCACAAACAAGAUGAACUAGCAAUUCAAAAAGUAAAAGACGAAGCUGAAAAACUGAAAAAAGAAAAGGCUGAAAAGAAACGUUUGAAAAAGCUCAAGGAUGAUAAAGAACGGCCAAAAACAGAGAAGCCAGAGUCUGAGAACAAGACUGCUGGGGAAAAUCAUGAACAAGGAAUCACGAAACCGGAAGUCACAGAACGUACUGAUGAUGAGACAGCUAAAGUUGGCACUGAAAUUGAUACAAAGAAGAAGAAAAUUAGAAAAGUUGAGUCCGAGGAUUCGGAAAAACAAAAACCUUUACCUAGAGAUGAAAGCUACGAUGAAAAAACGGAUGAUUUGAAAAAGAAAAGUAAGCAAACCGAAGACGGUACUAUGACGCAACAGGAUAUUUUACAUAAAGAUAAAACUAUUACAGAAAUGAGCGGAAUAAAGUUAGUUGAUGAAAAGUCAUUGAAGAAAGAUUCAUAUCAAGAAGAUUCUUACGGCAAAAAAUUGGGUAAUGACGUCAAAUCUGAUAUAGAUAGAUCAAUCAGGUCACAUCCAAGUGACACUUCUCAACAUUACAUUAAGGAAUAUAAUUAUGAGCCUACAAGUCGUCCAAAGCACGAAGACCGAGAGAAACCUAGAUUCAUAGACCAUAAUCAUAGAGAUUAUACAAUGGAAUUCGCCAGGCCUUCUGCGUAUCGAGAGAAGACUAUCGAAGUCGACAGCUUCACGACUUUUGAUACGAAUUCUGGUACGGGACAUAUUUACAAAGCAAAUAACUUGAAGAUGGAUGCGCAACUGAGAUCGUCGGCGCCUCCUAGGGCUGUCGUUCCUGAAUCAAGCCGAAGUAGUGAACCAUUGGAAAGGAGGUCAGAAGUGAAAAGAUCGAAAGCCCUGAGUGAGGCUAGGAGCAUACUCUCUGAGAAACGCACGAGCGCUUCUCGCGAUAUCAAGAGGAAACCUGUCUUCUCCACGUUCCUGACAGACCGAACUGCUGUUGAAGGAUCUCGAGUCAAACUUACUUGUAGCGUUCUAUCCUCCUCAGACCCUAAGGUCACUUGGUACAAAAACGGCGUGUUAUUAGACAACAAAUUGAAAUACAGAACCAAAAUGAUGGAUGGUCUCAUAACUUUGGAAGUUUUGAAUGCAGUUCCAAGCGACUCCGCCGAGUACAGCUGUACAGUUGAAAACGAGAACGGGUCAAUAAAUACGUCAGCCAACUUGAAAGUGUAUCCUAGUUUUGAAGCUUCACCUAUUCCGCCUACUUUUACUCGAUCAAUACGCGAUGCCUAUCAUUUGGCUGAAAAUGAAUUGGUCCUUGAAUGUCGGAUACGGGGUCAGCCUCUCCCCACCAUUACCUGGCUGAAAGACGAUAGGCCAGUUAGCAUGAACGAGCGAUUCCAAGCUUACUAUCUGGCUGAUGGCGUUUGCAGAUUAGCUAUAUCAUCUCCCACGCCCGAAGACAGUGGUAAAUACACUUGCAAAGCUGAAAAUUCUGUAUGGUCAGACCAAAUAACACACGUUGUUAACUUCACGGGUAGAGAAAGCUGUUUAGGUCCAAACCUGGCUACAAUCGAGCGAUCUCGCUUCAACCGCCAGGCGUUAGAAUCCCGAAGGCCGCACUUUAGCAAUGUUUUGACUGAUUACAAAGUUACUAGAGGUGGCACCAUUGGACUUCAAGUGGAAAUCAAAGGAUGCCCAACCAGAGUCGAGUGGUUACGUGAAGGUCGAUCAGUUGUGGAGACCUACACUAAUGCGAAGACUUAUGUAGAACAAGGCUUGUACACUUUGGCGCUACCAGAUGUAACUGAGAGGGAAUCUGGUUUAUACACUUGCAGAGCUUGGAGCACUCAUGGAACUGUGGAUAUGAAUGCCGCUAUUACUGUGGUACAGCCAAAUGAGCUCGAAGGCAAACCAGCGAUUAUUGUAGGGCGACCUGAAAAGGAUCUGUUGAUAUCUGUCGGUGAAGACCUGAAUAUAUCGUUUAGGGUACAAGGAGAACCCAGGCCCAAAGUAAUAUUCAUGAAAGGUAUCAGAGACAUCACCAACAGUCAACGCGUGUGCAAAAUGACCUCUGAUGAUUACGUCAAGUUCACAGUGAAGAGGUCUGUCGUAUCGGACGCUGGUACUUAUUGUAUUUUGGCCAGAAACGCAUACGGCUGCGACAGGGCCUUUGUGACUGUUGUGGUAAGACAGCGUGCAUCUUCAGAAAAUUUGAUAUCGGACUGGACAUACCCUAUGGACGAUUCAGCAUUGUCAAUAACCGAAAGGAAGUACAAAUCUGUGCCCGACCGCAUCCCGGGCGAACCGAGCGUCGUGGACGGUGGAAACAACUGGGUGUCCCUCGCGUGGCCAAAGCCCGAGCCUAGUGAAGCCGCGCCGGUACUAGCGUAUAAGGUCGAGAGUUGGCUGGUCGGGAAGGAAGGCGGCGCGCGGUGGGCAGAACUAGGAAUAACGCCCUUGAACUCCUUCGACGCGUUCAACUUGAAGUCGGGCGAGGAGUACCACUUCAGAGUCACGCCACGGAACAGAUACGGCUGGGGUGAAUCUGUGCAAACUUCCUCACCGUUCGGCGUUGGAUUAGCAGGGGAUAGACCGGAAUUUGUCGACAUUCUCCCGGGUCUAUUAAAGGUCUUGGUCGGCGAGACGGCUAGUUUGAGCUGUAGUGUCAAAGGCAAGCCGACCCCGGAAGUUGUUUGGAUGAAGAACGGACAUGAGUUGGAGGAUGACGACGCAAGGGUGAAGACCUCGUUCAAUGGGUUCAACUGCAGCUUGACCAUAAAUGGGAUCAACCCUGAGGAUGAAGCGCGGUACAGCUGUGAAGCUACCAACGUGCAUGGACGAGCCUCAACUUACGCUCGGCUGGCGGUGGUCACCGACAGACUUAUUUGGGAGGCCGAUGCUAAGCUCAAGAGGGAAAGAUCAGCCGAUGCGGCUGGAGAGUAUCCCCCCCAGUUCACGAUGCGUCUCCGUGACAGACGGGUCCAGGCUACCUAUCCUGUCAGGCUGACCUGUCAAGUUGUGGGCAGCCCCUCACCUACAGUCACGUGGUUCAAGGAUGGAGAGGAUGUUAUACUUGACAGUCGCCACACCAAAUCUCAAGACGAGCACUUCCACACUCUGGAGAUCGCUCCAACCAGCCUCGAAGAUGGUGGCAUCUACGAGGCUAUGGCGCGCAACAGCUGUGGAGCCAUCAGCUGCCACUGCAACCUCGUGGUCGACAAGGGCAUCAGGGCGUACGUGGCUCCAGAAUUCUGCUGUGGGCUGGAACCCUUGUACCGACUAAAAGAAGGAGAAGAGCUAAGAAUAUCAGCGGUAGUAGAAGCGUACCCCACAGUCGGGGUGACCUGGUACCGUGAUGGGGUGCGUCUCAGACCGAGUCGCCGGGCCAUCAUGACCCUCGAUCGAGACGGGCAGAUCGAGCUUGCCCUCGCCUUCGUGACGCCAAGGGAUGCCGGCGUGUACACCUGCACAGCAUCAAAUGAAGUGGGCAGAGCCACCACGUCAGGGAAGGUGGAGGUGAUCGCAGACGGUUCUGUCGUGAAGAAGAAGACACCGCCGAUGCUGAUCAGUCCUGAUGUGCCAUACUCCAAAGAGCCGAUGUUCGUCCGCAAGCCGCGGUCGAGCGAGGCGAGAGAAGGAGACACCGUUAUCAUCCAGUGCGAGGUGGUCGGAGACCCGAAGCCUGAUGUUUACUGGUUGAGGGACUUCUUGAAGCCUGACUACUACCGCGACGCGACUCACUUCAAGAGGGUGGGCGAUGGUCCCGAGUAUCGGUUUGAGAUCCCGCACGCCAAGCUGGACUACACCGGAGCGUACUCGGUUGUCGCUCGCAACGUGCACGGAGAGGCCAAAGCUAUUAUAUCACUGCAGAUUUUGGCUAAAGACCCCAGUUCAACCGAAGAGCACAACAUAAGAUAUGGACGAGUGGACGUCAUCCCAAGGUUCGAGAGGGAGCUGACAGACCUCCUGUGCUACGAUGGUGACGCCAUCGAGUUUGAGUGUCGCGUCUCCGGGCAUCCUGAGCCAGACAUCAGAUGGUUCCAUUAUACAGAGUUGAUCAGAGAAAACCCGGACUUUGAAUGGUCGCUGGUAGACGGAACAGCUCGCCUGAAGAUCAAGCAGGUGACCGCUGAAGACGAGGGCACAUACCUCUGCGAGGCGUCCAACAACCUCGGGAAGGCUACCACCAGCGCUUGCCUCGUUGUUUAUCCACCUGGAGAGCCAAACACCCUCAGUCAAAGGCUCCGGAGACCGCCAGCGCUUCUGUCUGCUGCAUCCACUCCCAGGUCAACGCCCAGGAGUACCCCUGCAAGAUCAAUGUCCAGAACUAGAACUCCUGGUCCUGACCCCCGUCGUCUCUGCAGCCCGUCACGUCAGAUGCCUCCCAAAUUCUACACGUACCCAUUCAAUAAGGUCGUCGAAGAAGGUGACCACGUGGUCUUCCAAUGCGCCGUAAAAGGCCUGCCUGCACCAUGGGCCACGUGGGACAAAGAUGGCGUCAUCAUCACACCAUCUUCUAGAAUAACAAUAAAAGAAAAAGACGAAAUCUUAAGGAUCUUGGAGAUCGAGGAAGUGACAAUCGAAGACGUCGGCGUGUACAGAAUAACAUUGGAAAACGAUUUGGGCAGAGUUGAGGCUUCUGCGAGGCUUGAGGUGAUCACUCAGAAGGGGAAGUUCUACGCUGGAGUCAGGUCGUACAGCGCUUCUCCGAGGAAGUCUCUCACUUACAGGAGACGACCGUCUCGACAAGACUGAUGCACAGCUUGAGCUUCGAUGCCAUGUCCAAGCUUGACUUGGCCGAUGAUAAUAUUAAUCGAAGGAACAGCGCGCGUAAGAAGCUAAUUUGAUUUGUGUUUUAAGUUUAUUUCUAUGCAUUUUAUUUAUUUUGUGAAUCGACAUCGUUUUUGGUGUAGUCGAGUUACCACAAUGUUAAGUUUUUGUUUCUAUUUUAUUUUCCAUGCUUUUUUAUUGUUUCACACGUUGAUAAGGUUUAGUGGAAUCGUUUGAGAUAAUUUAUUGUUUUAGUCAAAAAAUUGUGUAGAUAUUUUGAGAAAAACUGUGUGAAGCAAUCGUUAUAUUUACAACAUUGUAAUUUGUUGUAAUAGUGUAUAUUUAUAUACAUUUGAGUAUUACUUGUUUGCUAUAAGCUGUGUUGCCCUAUUUAGAUAGACAUCCAAAGAGCACGACCCUGGGAAUUAUAUGAAAUAAAAAUUGUAACUGUUA